AUUUCAUAACUGCUUUCUAAAUUUAGUUGCUAUUAUAUUCUAAUAACGUGAUCGUUCACGUUACCUGUCAGUUUCUUGUCGAUUUAGGCCUUUGGAGCGUUAUCAUAUUCAACCGUUUUACAAUAAACGCGUAUGACAUGGAACAUCUGUGUGCCUAAAUCUGACAAAGUUGAAUAUGACGCAUUUGCUGAAGAAGUCGCCAAAUACUGAAGAAUCUGAAGCAACAGUGGCUUCGUCGUCGACGAGUAUGGAAGAAAGUUAAUCCGUAACCGAUAAUAUAAUUGAGAGCUUGCCAUCCUUAACCACACUCAGACAAAAGCGUGUCAACAUAGAGACCGAGCUUAAAUCAUUGUUGACCAAUAGCCGGAAUUUGAUAAACGAAAAGGCUCGAAGAUCGCAACUGGCAUGCCCUAAAGCAGAGUUAUAUUUUAAACUGGCCGCUUAUAAUCAAAUUAUAUCGAACAUAUUACCUCAAAUUCGCAAUGCAGAGUCAAAAGCUGCUUUCGAAGAAGGCGUUCGGAGCGUGAUAUCUGAAGUUGAAGGUAUGAUCGAUGAAAUUGAUAGUUACAUCGACUGCGAACCUGAAACAUCGUGCGUGGCACCUGACGAAAAGAACUCUAAUGUUUCAAGCGGAAGUCUGAAAGAUAACAAUCAGUCAGCUCUGGCCCAACAGCCGAAUGGUGAAAUGGGGGCGGCGAUUGACCAACUACGAGAGGAUGAUCGUCGAGAGACACCAUCUCUCCCAAAGAGUAGCUUUAUGAACACCAGGUUCAAUGACUUUGACGAACGCGAUAUGUUAGAAUCAACUCGGAGAAAAAGUGCCCGCUUUGAACCGGAGACUUUUACUACGACAGAUACACGUCGUGAAUAUACGAUUUCUUACACUUCAAGACAUUAUCAAAAUCCUUCACCAGCAAACCAGAUGCCAUUGCCAGACCAGUCGGUAGACUCCUGGAUCGAUAAUCUCCAACCAAAUCAAGCAGGAUCUAGAACGGUAAAUGAUAAAAUUUCUCUAGCUGAGCAAACGUGUUUAUCUUUGAGUUUAAAUUCUAAAAUGUGGGCUGAGCAUCAUUUGCCGCCGGUUCAAAUAAGUCCGUUUGAUGGUAGUGCUAUAAAUUGGCCUAAUUUCAUUGAAUUGUUUUAUGAAAAUGUGCAUUCACGGUUGGACGACGAUGGUCAACGCAUGGUGAGAUUGUCCUCAUAUUUGUCGGGUUCGGCGAAGCGUCGCGUUGAGGGAUUAGGUACCGCCGGCAGUCAUUACAUACUGGUUUUGAAAGAAUUGAAACGCCGCUACGGACAGUCUGUAUUUAUUGCACGGGCCGUGCUUGACCGUGUUGUGACCGGUAAGCGUAUUUCGCCUCUCUCGGCCGAUAGAUUACUUAAUUUUUCACUCAGACCGUUGCGUGACUGGCUGGGAAUCUAA